UCUCGAGAACACAACUUUCGAGGGUCCAUACGGGUGAUAGUAUACAGAAUAUAUCAAGUACAAGUACAUAAAUAGGGGAGAUUGAUUGGCCCAGCAUGGCGUCGUCGUCCGUAAGCAGAAGCAGUACCGCGAGUAGUAGUACUGUGACAGUCGUGUCGCUCAAGAAACCGUCGCUGGUGCCGCCCAAGUGGAAAGAAACUUACCUCGUUGACUCCGGCGACAUGCACGGUAACGGUGAUAAUAACACCACCUCGGCCGAGGACAAGUGGAAGCUGCAUGUCGACAUCCUGACCUACACGGUGGCCGCCCACUGCAUGAGCGGCCUCGUGACGGCCGUCGGUCCAGAGUGUGACAGCGUGGCACUUUGGAUACCGCCCGGCAAAAGCCUGGACGGAUGGUGGACUCUGCUCCGGAGCGGUAUGUGGAGACUCUACUUCCAGCUCUCACCCGAGGGGAAGAAGCGCUACUUCCAGGAGAUCCUGCCUCUGCUGCACGACACCAAGGCCGCGGUCCUCGGAGAGCGGGACAAUGACUCCUGGUACCUGGUCUAUCUGGGAACCAAGCCCAACUCGCAGGGCCGCGGCUAUGCUGCCAGGCUGCUGCAGCACAUGCUGGAGCGGGCCGAUGCUGAGGGCCGGCCCGUGUACCUCGAGUCGAGCUCGCAAGCUAACAAUGCCUACUAUGCGAAGUUUGGCUUCGAGGUCAAGCGGGAUGUCUUCCUCGAGCGCGGACCCGCCCCGGUUCGACUGUCAAUCAUGGUUCGUGAGCCCCGAGUGCCCGGUCGCAAGCUUGUUUAUGCUGUCCCGACGUCGAGCCAAAUGGUGAAGAAACUUGCCGGUGGCAAGAACAUGAUAGCCUGAGAGAUCGGGUGGCCCAAGACCAGGCGCUUUUUGAGAUUGAGUGACUCUUUUGCUUUAUGCUUUUGGUUUUUGCUUGCUUCUCUGGUUCGGUCGAUCAACUCGACGUGACGUGUGGGCUCGUUGCUGCAUUCAACAUGCGGAGGUCUAUUUCUGGCAGCUCGAGUGCCCUGUCCUUCUCUUUCAUGGCCGUAUCCGCGGCUUCCGGGCUAAUCUUUAGGGGUGAUGUUUAUCAAGCACAUAGUGCCGCUAGCUAGCAACUUUGCUGUACUCAGACAUUUCUGUCAGUCAUGCACUGUCAUAAUUUGUGGCACACUGG